AUGGUCUGUCAAGUGAACGGCAAUUCUUCCAUUUUACCACUCCACCUUCAUUUUCUUGCACUGGGUCUGGAGAACAACAAAAGAGUUUUAAUCGCAUCGAGCGAGCUCACGGAAAUGAACUACAGGUUAUUGCUUUCAUUUAAAAAAAAAUAGGUAAUGGAAGAUGAUUCAGAUUAAUUUGCUCGAAAGCUGGUGUUAGAUGGACUCCAAGUUUGAUAAAUUUUAUUCCACUGAUCCAUUUGAACGCCGGGUUUGAUUUCAACAUUGAAGACUAUUUUACAAAAAUAAAACAAGUGAUACGGUUUCAAAAAAUUUUCAAGAAGUUUUGAACUGCAGAAAGUUUCGGAGUACGACCCCGAUGUCGUACUUCUUGACGAUCUGUCUGUUUUUCGAUUAUAUGGAAACUUCUAGUUGGAAAACCGUAGCUGUAGUUCAGUCCAUGUUCAGCGAAAUGGUAAGCGUUGUUUGUUCUAUAAAGUAUAAAAAUUGUUUUGAAGAAAAAAAAGAAAGCUGAAGUUCUUCUUCUUGCUCCGUUCUACACAAACUGCGAGGCACGUGAAAUGCUCAGACAACGUUGUUCGUCAUUCGCCAAUAUCUCUCCCAUUGGUCACGGUUUUGGCAAAAAUGCUUCUGCUAAGGUUUGUUUUCGAAAAAAUCUUUUUCGAGUUUACAUAGGAAAGUUCAGUGCGUCGUCAGCAUGCGGAACAGUUCGCGGCCCACAGUUGCCUGUAGCCUCAUACUUUCAGGGGAAAGAAGCAACAACGGAACGAUCGUCGGUGGCGAAGCGAAAUGA